AGGAAAAAUAACAGAUUUGAAUCGGAUAUGCAAAACAUCUGUAUUUGAGUCACUUCAAACUGUGUCUGACUUUAGGUGGCCUCAGAUGCACCUCCCCUUUUGACUUCAGUAGUUGUGUGUAACCGUCUGCAUUAGUUUAACUCUCGAACACACCCAUUUCCUGUCAUCUACUUAGCAAGGCAUAUUUUUGGGCGACGCGACUAAAUUCACAUAGAAAUGUUUAGUAUAGAUCUAUCAUACUCAUUGAAAGUAAGUCUAAGAAGCAGUAGAUCCAUUCUAUGUGCCCUAUUUCUAAAUUGUCCGUUAAAUGUUGUUUUUUUCAUCUUUUUACUUUCGGUUUUGUACAACGUCAUCUGACAGCUGAAAAUACAAUGUUUUAUUGAAAGGAUAUUUCACAGUGCUUUAGAUUGUACAACGAUUCACUUGUUUUGUUACAUAAACUUAAAUUAGGCGAACCAUUAUAAUUUUAGCAACCAGAAACUUUUGGUGGACUGACGCAUAUAUUGCACGAGGUGGCCUCAAACCCAAAUCAGACAAGAGACAGAACGAACAAAAGCAAACGGACCGAAAGGUAAAAAGUUUACAUUAGAAGCAUUAUAUGGGCUACGAGGCUAGAGCUAUUUUAGCAGGCGAAGGUCAAGGACAACGCAAAGCACCCGAUUCCCACCACCAUUUAUUGGGGCAGCUUCAACUGAACCAGGGCUCACAGAAGACAUGUCUGAGGGGUGCCAGUCUCUGCCGCUGCCUGAGAUCCAGGCCGUUGUUUGUGACAUGUGUGUGGAUGACAAAAAGCCAGCGUUGAAGACCUGCAUGAAAUGUGAGAUGUCCAUGUGUGCCCAGCACUUGGAGCCGCACCUGACAGUGCCAUUGCUGCUGCAGACACAUACCCUGACUGAACCCAUAGCACCAGGGGCUGGGGGAAUUGGGGCAGCCACCAAAUGCCCCCACCAUGGUAAGAUUCUUGAGUACUACUGCUUGGACGACCUAACUAGUGCAUGCAUGUCCUGCGCCAUCGAUGACCAGCAUCGCGUCCACAAUAUGAAGACCCUGCCUAAGGCACACAAAGAGCUGGGAGAGAAGCUGAAGGAGGAGCAGAAGGCUUUGGCCCAGAGAGAGAGCCAGAGCCUGGAGCUAGUCAGGUGGGAUAAGGAGCAGAGGGAGAGGUUGGCUAGCUCCAGUGUCCGGCUCAUUGAGGGAGUGUCCGCCCUGCGCGACAUCACCCUGACCAGCGUCCAGAGUUCCGUCUCAGCUCGCGUAAAGUACAUCAAGACCUCCAAGAGGACCAUGCAGGCUGCCCUGUCUGAUGGGGACUCCUUUCACUUCCUCCAGGGUUAUGAAGGGGUGCACCAGGCUGUGGAGAAGGCCCGAGCUGUGGAUCUGAGGAAGGGGCUGGAGCCUGGGGCCGACCGGAACAAGCUGGUCCAGGAGCUACAACAGAGCGGAGGAAAGCUUGUGGAGCAGACGACACAGCUGUGGAGUUCUCUUCUGGCUCUGGUCGACCCCGAGAACUACCAGGAAAUACAGGGUUCCCCAGGGUUACCUCCCACCACCACAUUGACCUUUGACCCCACAAGCUUGGGAAGGGGCAUGUCUCUUUCCCAGGACCACAGGAAAGUGUUCUACACCCCGCUUGCCAAACUCACCACCCAUACUCUUCUGUGCCAGGAUAGCGGCUCUGAUGCCAACCCUAGGUGGGUGGUCAAACUAUCUGAGGACUGUGAUUGGACCGUUGGCUUACGUGUCAACGUUUCAUCUGCUGAGACAGUCAAGGCUUUUGGCUACGUUUCAUCUGCUGGGAAUGUCAAGGUUUUUGCACUGCGCUGGCAGAAGGACCAACUGAGUUCACUGGCAGACUUAAAUUCUCAGUGUAUCUAUCUUCCUGGGAACACUGCAGCUCAACCUGAAGCAAUACCCCGUCCCAUAGAAUUAGAAGUGUUCUGGGACAAAACCUCUAACCCACCAUCCCUGUCCUUCUACAGCAGGGGCAGAUAUCACCAGAGGAUGGCACUGCACAGAAUGGAGAUCCGGCAUGAUCAGGCUGACCUAACUCCCUUUGUCACCCUGGAAACAGGAAGUAGCCCAGCCAGAGCCAGACAGGAGGAAGAGUACAGUCAGUUCAGUUUAGGAUUUUCAGGAACCAGAAAAUAUGGAGUGAACAGUCAGCCAGAGCAGCAGUGGGGUUGCCCAUGUGGAGCGGUCCAUAAUCAUCCCAAAACCCAGCAGCAGUCUUUCUACGUCCAGCAUGUGUCUCACCAGGGUCCCAUGUGCACAUGUGGGAGGGUUAUCGGUACGCCGUAUAUGGGGGUGUUCUGUGAGCUGGUGUAAUGUCUACACUCUUAGAAAAAAGUUGCUAUUUAGAACCUUAAAGGGUUCUUUGUCUGUCCCCAUAGGAGAACCCUUUGAAGA